AUGGCAGUAGUCAAAACUCUUCAAAAAAAAAUCAAAAAGGAAAAGCUUAAAACUGGCAAAACAAAAAAAUCCAAAAAGGUGUCAAUACUAAAGCCAAUGAUAGCAAAAUCAUCAAUAAAUAAAAUUGUAGAGACGCAAGCUGAAACUAUAGAAAAAAACAAAAUUAAAUAUAAAAUGCCGUCUAAGAUAGUAAAUGAAAAUAUUGUUUCUUUAUGUUUAAAUGCAUUAGAAAAGUUAGUAGCACAACAUGAUAAGAAGAAUGCUAUCUUUGGAGACGAAACUCAAAUAUUCAUGGAAAUUCGCUGUAUCAAAUUGUUAAAUACAAGAAGCAAUUUACGAUUUGUAUUGCCGCAUAGUACUGUAGCAACAUCUGGAGAAAUAUGUUUAAUUACACCAGAUCUAAAGAAAGGAAGAAAAGUCGAUCAUGAACCUACUAUUGAUCAUUGGGAGCAAUUAAUAAGGGAAGCAGGAGUUACAGCUGUCAAAACUGUUUUGCCAAUGCGCCAAUUAAGAGUUGAAUAUGACCAGUUUGAAUUAAAACGUAGAUUGUUGACUCAACAUGACCUCAUAAUGGUAGACACAAGAAUUUUAAAUCAUGUAUCACAUUUAUUAGGAAAAAUGUUUUUUAAAAAGCACAACAUGUUGAUACCAGUGAAAAUAAAUGAAAAGAAGAAUCUAAAUAAGAAUAUUGAUGUUGGUGUGAGAACUGUCAUGUUGAGGUUGAAUGAAGGACAAACAUCGACAAUUUUAGUGGGGCAUACAGCUAUGCCUCAAAAUCAUAUCAAAGAAAACAUCUUGGCAUUAAUAAAACAACUUAAAGAAAAAUUCCCUGGUGGAGAACAAAACAUAAGAUCCCUUUCCAUAAAAUUACCAUUAUCUUUAUCUUUGCCCUUAUACCUUACUUUACGUCCAUCAAACUCAGUACAAGCAGUUAAAAUCAAAAAGGAUAAACCAAAAAGUUUUGUGGUGUGUGAAGGUGAACUUUCAACUAAACUUUCAAGUAUUGUACGUGUAGCUCCAGAUGGAACUGUCCAUGUUAAAAAGCAAGCAAAAGAUGAAAGUGAUACAGAAGAUGAAGAAAAUAAUGUAGAUGAAAAUGACUCGACAAUGAGUGAGCAUGAAGAU